AUGGAGUUUCUUCAAGGGAGAGCAUUGACUAAUGCCAUUGGGAAUCUUGAUAUUCAAGAUGCAUAUUUCAGUGCUUUGAACAAACUGGGACAUGAACUUGAAGAAAUCACUGAGCAGGAGAAAGAUAUGGCACUUGGGAAUGGUGGUUUAGGGAGACUUGCAUCUUGCUUUUUGGACUCCAUGGCAACUUUAAACCUACCAGCAUGGGGGUAUGGUUUAAGAAGUUUAGUCCUUGGGAAGUUGCCAGGCAUGAUGUUGUUUCCUGUCAGAUUCUUUGGUCGUGUUGAAGUCCUCCCCACAGGAUCAUUUGUGCUCAGAUUUUGUAGUCCUGAACUUAGUCAGAUCAUAACAAAAUGGUUAAAAACAGACAAGUGGGUCACUAACCUAGACCUACUUGUGGGUCUGUGGGAGUUUAAACCGGAUCCUCGAUAUGAAGAGGCUAAAGAAUUCAUAAGAUCAAAGGCAUUUGGAAGAUAUGACUACAACCCACUUCUUGAUUCUCUUGAAGGGAACUCAGGGUAUGGGCGUGGGGACUACUUUCUUGUUGGACAUGACUUCCCAACCUACAUAGACAUUCAAGCCAAAGUAGAUGAAGCAUAUAAGGAUAGCAGUGACAAAACAAUAUCUCAAUAUGCAAAGGAGAUUUAG